AACAAGUUGUGAGCGCAGCGAAUGCUAGCUAGCUAAUAAUUUAGUUUUAGUUAGUUUUCCAUCAACUUGUCAUUUGAUGCCAGCCAGAAGGAAGACCGUAUGAUCAUCAUCUUCAUUGACUCCAUUUACUUUCCGAUUGUCACUAUAGGUAGUUGUUGUCUAUUCAUCGCUUUGACUUUUUCUAUCAAUGCAUUCUCUCUGCUUAUUUCCGGUAGCCGACUCAUUUCCGCUACUCCGUACUGGCUGAGAAAAUUGUCGCAUUAUUGCAUAGUAGUAUCUUACUACUCUUCAUCUCGGGUGCGUGAAAUUAGAUUGUUAGUGAAAUCCCCUUGUUCCCGGACUUGGUGCUAUAUUUGGUAAGUAGGGUAGUCAAUGAUUACUUAUCGCCCUCCACUUUCUGGAAGACGGGCUAGGGAUAGGAUUU